AUGUACUCCGGGGCAAUGCCCCAGCUCUGGGCUGUCCAGGGGACUCUUAGACAGGACAGAGGCAGCCGGUCCUUUCUGCCCUUUAUGGGCUUCUGGAGGGGGGCUAAGCAGGAGGCUGACGGGAUGUCGGUGUCUCAGAAGUGUUUAUGCUGCGUCAAAUAUUUGAUGUUUGUCUUUAAUCUCAUCUUCUGGCUAGGAGGAUGUGGCCUGUUUGGGGUUGGAGCCUGGCUGUCCUUCACACAGGCAGAGUUUUCCUCUCUUCCACUGUCCUUUCCAUCGCUUUCAGCUGCCAAUCUGCUGCUGGUGGCCGGCAGCAUCACCAUGGUGACGGGGUUCCUGGGUUGUCUGGGAGCUCUGAAGGAGCAGCGCUGCCUUUUGGCCAUGUUCUUUGUGAUCUUGUUGCUUCUGGUCCUGACUGAGGUGACUCUUGUGGUGGUUAUUCGUGUCUUCCAUGAAAAGAUGGAUUCAAAUGCACAAGCUGAACUAAAGGACGGCAUGAAGAUUUACACGUCAGAGCCUGGGCUGAAAAAGUCCUGGGACAAUGUUCAGAGAAUGUUCAAGUGCUGCGGGGUGAGCAACACAACAGACUGGUAUGAGGUCCUCAACGGAACGCUGCCCCCCUCCUGCUGCUCUGUGGGGAUGGACAAAUGUGACACUGGAUGGACUGAGCCUUGCUAUGAGAAGGCCAAACAGUGGCUGCUGGAAAACAUUCCCUCCGUCCUGGUGUUCGGGGUCUGCAUAGGCGUGGUGCAGAUCCUGGCCCUCAUCUUCUCCAUCCAGAUGUAUUGUCAAAUUCUGUACGCUGAGAAAAGCCUGGACUGACUGCAGGGCCCGUCCCCCCCGGUGGGACGGCCUCAGAGCCCCUCCCCUUACAGCCGCUUUAGAUCCAAAGUGGGUGACUUCCUAAUCCUUUCAGGUGACAGCAUUCCAGAUAUCUCCACACAGUGUACAGUCCCACAGCGAGCAGGGCCCACAAACUGAUGCUGACACCAGGGCUGCGUAACAUUUCAUUAGAAUUAUUAGAAUUAUUCUGUCCUGCCUUCAUAAGAGACCGAGACCACUGAGAGAUUAGCUGCAGCUUUUUUCUACUUCAGGUCUCAUCUAAUAAACUAUUUAGAGCUUCGUAGCCGUUAGCAGUCCUGGCAUGGUAUUCAUUUAGAAGUCGCAUUAUGAGCUCAGCUUGAAUUCCACAUAUUUUAUUCAGUCUAAUUAGCAUGAAGCAGGAUCCAAACUAGGCUUCCAGAAGUGUCCGGCGCUCCUUUCAGCUGGGCCUGUGUUCUGGUGCAGCUCCUCCAUGCUACUCCCCCCCCCCCGUCCUGUUUAACUGACAGGCCUGCAGGUAUGGGGGAUUGACUCCAUUAACUGAUGAAGCAGCAUGCAGGAUGUCUGUGCUGCCUGGAUCCACUC